AGUGGCUCGUUUGGCUCUUUGCGCGGCCAACAGUUUCGCCACAGCUUGGGGCCGUUCAGAUGCCGUUGCCGAGCAAGGAAGAACAUCGGGCGCUCAUCGGUUUACCGGACAAGGGCCGAAGAGUCGUCUCUUUGACCAAGCAAUCCACGGUGGAUACGCUCUUGUAUGGCAGAGAUCUGGACGGCUCCGGUGAAAGUCCUCAUCGAGGAUUUAUGCAGACGAUGCAUGCUGCAGGCUAUGCUGGUGAACCCUCUGGGCACAAAGAUGCAAAGCAGGAGAACAGGAAAAGACGAGCCGUCUUAAAUUGCAGUUCCCAACUGGCACACCAUGACGGGCAAAAAAGUCCACAUGAAGAAUUCAUGACUCGAUUUGCCGAUUGUGCCGGUGCCCGAAACACAGAAGCCCGAUUCAAACCUUUGAGGGCACCAGGGAUUGCACACACACAGUCCAUGGGUGACAUUAUGAAUGGACUGGGAUCAAGCAGGGUUGAGCGGACACCACGUGGAAUACGGAUUAAAGAUAUGAGUGCCGCAGGAAAGAAAUCCGAAAGACCUGAGGGGAAAUCGUGUGUAACAGCAGCAGCACGAUGUCUUCAGAGUUCCUUGCAACUUGGCGAGUCCGAGCAUCCCUGCAGCCAUUUUGACGGCGAGUUCUUCGGUGACUAUGCUGGUCGCGCCGCGAAGCCAAAGCCAACUGAACGGUCUUCGGUCGCUUUGAAAAGCCUUUGCGUCGUCGAUAAGCUAUUGUAUGGCCGAGAUUUGUCAUUUCAAAGUGAAGACAGCUUGGUCCAGUACGCAGAGCGAUAUUCUGGCUACGCUGGAAAUUCCUGGAAGAUCCCAAAGAAGUUCAAGCAAGAAGCAGUCGCUGCCACUGCAGGCUACCCAGAAAAUCCCGAACUCCCCGGAAGCCUGGAAAGCCCUAUGCCAGUGGCACCAGCGGCUCAAACUCAGAGCUUGCAGGGAAAGGACUUUCAAGCGCAUGAUGCGGAAGCCUGUGAAACGGAGGCCGAUGAAGUUGGGGAGGUGGAGAUCAACCUGGAGUCUCCUCCCCAGGCCCUGGAGUCUCCUUCGUUAGCUUCGGAAGCUCCUCAAACUCCUCAGGUGACCUUUGACUUGGGAGAGCCAGAUGCCCAGAUCAACGAUGAGUGUGCAGCUCCUGAAGGGAUCACACCGGACACACCGAACACUGUGCCAAUCGAAGGUCCAAAAGACCUGAGAGAGGAAGUCCUGAUGAUGAAGACCAUCGAAGCGGGGAAAGAGCCUAGCCGAUUGACCCCCUUUGGUGUGAGAAGAAGUUCAGGCUGGAGCUCCAGUCGAUCCAGUGGCUCCAGAACCUCUUCACUUUCGGGCAAAGACCUCGGUGGCAGUGAUGCAGGGUGGCCGUGCGAAGUGCUAAUGAUGAUUCAUGACUUGCCGUUACAUACCGUUACGGCGUGUGCUUCCCUUCUUCUCGUAUCCAGUGUUGAUGGAUGAUAUUGAUCCUCAGUAACCAUUUAACAUCAUUUAACAUUCUUCCGUUGAACUAUAUAAUAUAAUGUUUAUAUAUAUACAUAUAUACAGUAUUAAUAUAUACUUAAAUUUCACGUUUGACUCCGCUGAUGUAGACUAUGUAUAUUUUGCCCAGGAGGUAGAUGAGAAGCAGCCAGAGAGCUCAAGACGGCCUGAAUGCAUUUUCGGAGAUUAUCAUUUGAUUAAUUAAGUUGUCCGUUGGAUUUUCGCUAACGACAAUCCAUGUUCCUGUUUCACCGAAUAGGUUUCACAGGACCUCUGGCUUGGCCACCGUGGGCUUUGCUGGGUACACACCAGCCUAAAAAUGAUGCGCAUCCAACUGCUAGCUGGGAUGGAAGCUCACAGCACAUGCAAAGGGAUCUUUGGAGCAAUGGAUGGAGCUGCUGGUGACUCCAGGUUUCUGC